GAGGGACGUUCGAGAAGUGUGCUCUAGUGAGUUUAGCACAGUUCUGCCUGUGGCACUGAUCAGCAUUGUUUAGAAAUGAGCCUCUUCACAGCACUGCUAGGCUGCCUACUCUUGCCCUCUUUGUCUUCCUUGGAUGCAAGUAAAAUGAACAUCACUAACUUUCCUGAGAGAAUUACAGCAAGAGUGGGAGAUUCAGUUCAGAUGGUUUGCUGCUGGGAGACACAGCUGCAGAAUCUUGAGCAACUAAGACUGGAAUGGUGGAAGAACAAUCAGUCUAAACUGUCAUCUUUGAACUAUAAGAAAGUGAAGGGGGCUCAGAGAUGUGAAGAGAAUAAAUACACUUAUUGUGUUUCCAGGAACUGUUCUGAGAUGACAAUUCCAAGUGUGUCUGAGAACGAUACGGGAUCAUACUCAUGUAAAAUAAUUAUUGAGAUCCCUCUGCUAAUGAUGGCACAAGGACUUGGAACGACUCUAAUAGUGAAUGCAAAAGAAACAGACACACAGGGGAGCUCUGCUGUUCUUACUGUGUUUCCAAUAUUGUUAGUGUUACUGGGCGUGAGUCUUCUGUGGUACUGGAAAAGAAAGAAACUUACAUCCUAUGGUCCAGGUCUGGCCCCUAGGAUAGCUGAUGCAGCACCUGGAGAAUCAGGGGCACUGGACCAGGGGGAGGAGGACAGGCAUAAUGAGAUCAUGGAGGAAAAUUCAAACUCCUCUCCGGGCUCAACUCACUGGGCACUGUCUGCGAUUUAUGAAUCCUUUGACUAUUUUAAUCUCCAUGACUGAAAAAAGGAGAAGAGCAGGUUAACUCAACAUUCCUGGCAGAUGAUGUGUACAUCUUUCUAACAGUUUUAUGUCAGUACUUCAGUACUAAGAACAAUUAAACCUGUUCAAGAACUUCUGCAAGAGUUAACUAACAAAUUUAAACAAAAACUGUGAUGUUGCUGGAAAUGACUACAGGGUAGGAGCAGUAUGAUAUUACUUCGCUGUUUAUACUUCAUGUGAGAUGAGGUAACAGGUGGAAUUUGUUUAGUUAAUCUGAAGUUAUUCGGGUUGUACUUCAAACAUACACUCUACACUGCAAAUAUAAAACAUGAGAAUAUAACACGUGGUCAUAAGGACAGCUUCAUGGUAUCUGAUUUUGACAGAAAGAUAUCUAAGACAUACAGAAAAAACAGAUUUUUUUUGUUUUGUAAAUACGUUGUAAUUAAGAAAAAAGUUUCCUUCAGAGACAUUUACUAUUGAGAAGCAAUGUGAAUUUUGUCGAAAGGACAGUUACAUGGAGUCACUGGUGCCUAAGUUGUUUCUUCAUGAUGAAUGUACUUCCAGCUUCACCUGUGACUGUCGUUGCCAGGACUCUGUGAGUUGAAAGCCUGUCGUGUACCUGCUGUUAAAACACUCUCUUUCCCUCGCAGUCAAAGAGUGAAAAUGUGCUCUUGUAGAUGGAAAUCUCUAGCUACCAAAAAAAAAAACAAUGUUCAGUGCCAUGCAGAUCAAUGUGAUAAUCAACUGACACAUCGGAAUAAUAAUGAAACAGUGUGGAAGUCCCCUGGCUAGUCUUACAGUGUAGACAUGAAAUCCACGUAUGACCGGAGACUUCAUAUAAAUUUAAUUAUUUACACGAGGAGAUCAGCGAAGCAGCUGAGGACUCAAGUGCAAAUCUCUGGGCCUCUGUGUUAUGCAGGAGAAAAGGGAGAUCAAGAACAGGCACUGUGCCACCAGCAGAACAUUAACUCAUGCUGGAAGCACAGGGCAGUGUUACCUUUGUUUCUGAAUGCUAAUUUAUGAGCAAUUUGUUUGCUGUUUUAACUUUAAGUUUUAAAUGAGUUUUUUUCUAGUUUCUGCCGCAGUAUUAUUUCCAUAAUAUUGUUCUGCAGAAUCUAAGGGUUUUUUGAAAACCAAUGAGCAUUCUUAGAAAUAAAGACCAGAAUUAAAAUUAAAACAUUUUAAGGUACAGUAUAAUAAAUUGCGCUGGUGAGGUUUUCUUAGAUUGAAAUAGACAAUCGUAAUUAUCAGAUGAAAAAUCAUUCCAAUUGCUCUAGUUCUUGUGCAGUUCAAUAUCUCACAGAAUUGGUAAUAUUUGCCACCAUGUGUAAAAAUAUUUGACACCUCUAACCAUUCAUUUACAAAAAUAGGUGUGACACUGUGUCACUGCAAAUGUGACUAAAACUGUGUUUGUAGUUUCUUUCAGGUACAGGAUGUUUAGAACAAAAAUAAAAAAGGUGAGCUUGAACUAUAUUUCAGAAAAUGGUGCAGAUUUUGUACCACUGAGUUUGUACCACAGCUUAUUUGAAAUAUAUGCAUCACAAGCAUUUCUGGUGUGACAUUGCUAUCCAUGUCUGAAAAAGAAAGAGUAGCUUCUUCUUCUGUUUUGAAGAGCACAGUCUAAUUUAAUAUUUUUAAAAGACUGCAAAGUAACUACUUUCAAUAUUUUCCCUACAUUGUAAAUCCAGUUGUGUUUUUCAAAUGUAUAGAAAUUUUGCUAUUAAAAAAUAAAACAA